AAAGUGGCCCUGACUCCUGAGUACAACUUGCACGUUCUUUUCUGCCUUUUUUAAGUCUCCUUUCUCACCGGAGCUAGCGGGUUCGCUCUCAUCACUCUUUUGGUUAGCGCCAUUUUUUUCAAUGGCUGAGAUCCUCCAAAAUGCUGUUCUAGCCUUCUUUUUCUUCCUCAUACUCUCCCAAUGCCACUCAACCUCUCGACCGCUCAAUUGCUCCGAAACAGCUCGGAUCUGCACCUCCUUUCUGGCGUUCAAGGCUGCCCCCAACGUAACCAUAUCUCUUGUGCAGAGCAUGUUCGACGUUUUCCCCGAAGAUGUAACCGCAGACAAGAGCAGUAGCCCUGACUAUCUUUUCAUCCGGAAGAACUGCUCCUGCCUAUACAACAAGAAGUAUCUCGCCAACACCACAUUUACCAUGAGAGGACGAGAGGGGUUGGUGAACGAGACGGUUGCCAGUGCCUAUGACGGCCUCGCUCUGCUUCCUAAUUCGACAAGGAGGGCACGUGUCGGGGCAGUGAUCUCGCUGCACCUCAUUUGUGGUUGUUCGAGCGGUUUGUGGAACUACCUGAUGAGCUAUGUGAUGGAGGAGGGGGAUUCGGUUCAGUCGCUCUCGAGUAGGUUUGGGGUCAGCAUGGAUGACAUCGAGACGGUCAAUGGGAUGGACGGUCCUAAUGGCGGAUUCGUCGGCGAUGUCUAUUAUAUUCCUCUGAAUUCAGUUCCAGGGCAGCCUUAUUUGGGUGACGACAUCUCUCCAACCACUCAACCAGCUCCAGCUCCAACCAGUUCCACGGUAUCAGAAUAUCAAGACGAACACUCUACAAAAUUUCCCUAUCUGUGGGUUAUUGGAAGCGUGGGAGUUACUGUUUUCAUGAUUGGCACUGCAGUACUUCUGUGUGUUUCAUUUAGAUCCUGUAAUUUUCGGUCUCCAUACAGCCAUAGAAAGUGUCCUGAACAACCAAUCCCACAUAAAUUCCAGAUUCUCAACAGUAGCAGCUUUUGUUAUGCCUCAAGAAGAUUUCUUUGCUUUAAAUCUGAAAAUUUCAAGCAUUCAACUCAGGAUUCCGGUGAUCAUCUCGUCAACAUUCCGAAUGGCAUCACGGCUGAUGCAUUUGACAUAGAGAAACCAAUAAUUUUUACAUUUGAAGGAAUUCUUUUGGGAACCGAUUCUUUUUCUGAUACAAAUUUACUGGGUCAUGGGACUUAUGGCUCUGUAUAUUAUGGAUUUCUUCGUGAUCAGGAGGUUGCUAUCAAAAGAAUGACUGCGACCAAAAUAAAGGAAUUUAUAGCAGAGAUGAAGGUUCUAUGCAACGUCCACCAUUCCAGCUUGGUAGAAUUGAUUGGUUAUGCAGUCAGUACUGACGAGCUCUUUCUUGUUUAUGAGUAUGCUCAAAAAGGUUCGCUCAAAAAUCAUUUGCAUGAUUCACAAUACAAAGAUCAUACUUCAUUAUCAUGGAUAACGAGGGUCCAGAUUGCCCUAGAUGCUGCUAAAGGUCUGGAAUACAUCCAUGAGCACACAAAGAAUCAUUAUGUUCAUAGAGAUAUAAAAUCUAGUAAUAUUUUACUUGAUAGUGACUUCAGGGCAAAGAUUUCUGAUUUUGGGCUUGCAAAGCUUCUUGCUCCAACUAAUGAUGGGGAGGCUUCUACCACAAAAGUGGUGGGAACUUUUGGUUAUUUGGCUCCAGAGUAUUUGCGUAAUGGUCUAGCUACCUCCAAAAGUGAUGUUUAUGCAUUUGGUGUCGUACUAUUCGAACUGAUAUCUGGCAGGGAGACAAUAAGCAAAACAGAAGAAACACUUACAGGGAAAUUUCAAAGGCGCUCUUUGGCAUCAAUUAUGCUUGCAGCUCUGAAGAAAGCUCCAAAUUCAACUAGUAUGGCAAGCUUGAAAGAAUACAUUGAUCCUAGUUUGAAGGAUUUAUACCCUCACGAUUGUGUAUAUAAGAUGGCCUUGUUGGCAAAGGAAUGUGUGGAUGAGGACCCUAUUCUGCGUCCAGACAUGAAGCAAGUUGUGAUUUCUAUAUCUCAUAUUUUACUCUCAUCUGUGGAAUGGGAGGCCACCUUGGCCGGAAACAGCCAAGUUUUCAGUGGUCUUGUUCAAGGAAGAUGAGCUUAUGAUCCUAUGUUCAUUUCUUGUUCUUCUACCACAAAUUGGUUGCAUCCUUAAAGUGUAUUUUACUUUUUCUGCUCCUAUUCUGGAAUGCUUUCAAUUGUUUGCCUUAGGCAAAUAUAGUUUUUUUGUUUCCUCUUAUUCAUUUAUGCUGUAUGGAGUCAAUUACUGGAGGCAUGGUUAUUGUAUUUGUAUUGCGUGGGAUUACUGCUUCCCUUUUUCCCAAAUGUAAGUUUUCUUGCAUAAUUUCUUAUAUUAAGAGUUGAUUCUUAUUUUAUUGUUUUAUAUA